AUGGAUACUUCACUCAAAGGACCAGGAGAAGCUCAAAAGCACGAUGGAAGUGCCCUUCGUAUUGGAAUCGUACAUGCGAGAUGGAAUACCUCUAUAAUCGAGCCGCUUCUCGCUGGGACGAAGAAAACUUUACUGGCAAGUGGUGUGAAGGAAUCCAAUAUCGUCGUGCAAUCCGUGCCGGGGAGUUGGGAGUUACCAAUUGCUUGCUCAAAACUCUACUCAGCCUCGCAAAUCCAAUCCACCCAAACCUCCUCACUUUCCGCGGGCGACCUCCUCGGCUCCUCAACCACCGAUCUUACUUCCCUCUCCACGCAACCACAAAGUGCAUCGACUGCUCCCUUCGACGCCAUUAUUGCGAUUGGCUGCCUCAUUAAAGGCGAAACCAUGCAUUUUGAAUACAUAGCUGAUAGCGUUUCGCACGCCCUCAUGCGCGUCCAAUUGGACAUGGGUGUUCCGCUCAUCUUUGGUUUGUUGACCGUGCUUACUGAGGAGCAGGCUCUUAUGAGGGCUGGCGUGGGUGCGACCGGGAAUGGAGGCCAUAAUCAUGGUGAGGAUUGGGGUGCUGCGGCUGUGGAGCUGGGGGUUAAGAGAAGGGAGUGGGCUGCAGGAAAGAUUGCGUGA